CUCUCUGACGCAGAAUUCGCAGAAAGAAAACUGACUCGGACUGACGAGGCUGAUUCUCCCACUCUCAGUCUUGUCUCUCACAGUGCUUUACUUACGCUUGGAUGCAAACGAAUAAAAUAAAGCACGUUGUCUGAUCUGAUAGACUAAUUCUUUUGCCACUGCUGGUCUAAGUGUUCACGUUCACCAUCGGUGCUCCACUGUUAAAAGGGAAUAAUGUCGCUUAAGUGUCAAAAGGAUAGCUAUUUAAAGGAGUUUCAAACCCGUGUAAAAAGCUGUACUCCUGCAAAGAAAACUCUCCUUGUGGAAGGAAAAAAAACUUCUGUGGAGGGCUACAAUAUAAUAUUGGAAGACUCAAUUCUGUUCCCAGAGGGAGGUGGACAGCCUGAUGACCGAGGAACUAUCAAUGACAUUCCUGUCUUGAGCAUCAGUCGCAGCGGAGAAGAUGCGGUCCACUUUACAAAAACUGAAAUAUCUGUGGGCUCAGAAGUGACCCUCCAACUGGACUGGGACCGAAGAUUUGAGUUCAUGCAGCAACAUACAGCUCAACAUCUGAUCACAGCCAUGGCAGACCACAAGUUUGGCUUCCAAACAACGUCCUGGGACAUUGGCACAGACAUAGUGACCAUAGAGCUGGACACACCAUCCAUAACCACAGAACAGCUCCGAAACAUUGAAGAUUCGGCUAACGAGAGCCUCCGGAACAACGUGUCUGUUGGACCAUCAUUCUAUCAAGACAAAGAUGAUCCUGAAUUGAAAAAGUUCCGCGGCCUUGGUCUGCCAGAUGACCACGUGGGUGUGGUGCGGGUUCUGACUAUCGAGGGCAUCGACAAUGCCUUAUGCUGUGGUACACACGUCAGCAAUUUGUCCCACAUUCAGGCUAUCAAGAUCUUGGGGGCUGAAAAGGGAAAGAAAAGCAAAAUGAACUUGUUGUUUCUGGCAGGCGUAAGACUCUUACGCUACUCAGCAAACACUUACAGCAGGGAGAAAACACUCACUGGGGUCCUGAAAGGACCGGGGGAGAAACACUGUGAGCUGGCAGAGAAAGCUGUGAAAAGCUUUAAGACGUUGCAGAAGGAAAGACGGUGACAAUGAUUACGUAACUGUGCUCAUUGCCGAGUUAGCAGACGAGAACCUGCCCAAACUAGUGACCACUGGUGACGAUAAAGAUGGAGGUAUGUUUGUGCUGGCUGGACCCCAGAUUUUGAUCCAGGAGCUGGGACCAAAGAUCUGCGAAGUGUUUCAUGGAAAAGGUGCCCCCAGUAAGGGAUUGUUUCGAGGCAAAGCACCGAAACCUGAGAGCCAAAGAGGGAAGGCGGAGAGUUUGCUACGAGAGUAUGUGGCCAAUCAAGAUCAGAGACAGGGUGAGAAUGGCCAGGGAGAUUCAAGCCGUCAAAGUUAACCUCUGUUGUGUUGUUUCAAUGAAUAUUCUGGACAUUUCCUGCGGUAACGGUCAUACUCAGACUUAAUUAAGAAUUGGAUAAAGGGCCAUUUCAUGAAAAAUUAAACUUCCUUACUCUUACACCCAUAAAACACAGAGGAUGACCUUCAGAAAAAAAUUCUCAAUGAUUGUCAUUUUUUGUUUGGUUAGAGCUUUUUUUUUGUUGCUUUUUAGGUGUUUUUAAUUUUUUUAGAUGAAAGCUGCUUCUAUUUCUAAUAAACAGAACAAAAAAAGAAUGGCUCCGCCACUGAUUAGAAUUUUUUUCCCCUAGGUCAUCAUCUUUGCUUCACUGCAGUUUUGUUUUUCAUGGAAUAUCCCUAAACGUGAUAUUCUUUUACCUUUUGCCCAUUUGGUGUCCAAUUAUCAGAGGGGAUAAAAUCUAUAUAUUCAGAAAUUAUUGUGUUAUGAAUUACAAGUUUAGAUGUUAUGUCUGCUAGUCUGUUUCAUAUUGUUUUGUUAUGUUUGCUGUUUAUAAUUUUAGAGAAUUUCUGAUUUGGGGAGAGGGGGAGAGAAAUUUUAAUUUUCUCAGUUUAUCUUGAAGUAACAAUAUUUUGAACAUUAUUUUUUAUACUUAGACUUCAUAGUAGGAAUCACCAGGUAGUGCUUUUUUAUUUUAAUGUAAAUCAUUGAUUUUAAGUGCAAUGGAUUCUGUGACUCCUUUGUAUGGGGCUUUUGCUUGAGCUGAAAGCAAAAUAAUAAUUGUUGAAUACUUGGCUUGUUGAAGUAUUUAUGUAAUAAAUACAAUGAUUUUGUCAGUAAA